GCAUGCGCGUACGUCUUUUACAGAAUCAGCCUAAGCUUAUUUCUACCAUCUUCCAGCUCCCUUCUCCCUUCUCCCUCCACCACCUCCACCUUCACCAUCACCACAUUCUCUCUCCCUCUCCCUCCCUCUCUCUCUCUCUCUCUCUCUCUCUAUAUCGGACGUGGGUACCUUCCGCGUGAUCUGCGCGAUUACGGCGGUGAGCUCUGUCCAAUUGGUUGCUUCCGGAGCGAGGACUCUUCUCGGAGGACCGGUGUCCAUCACAAUCUGGCAAACUUCAGCUUCUCCAGGGAGGGUUUGGAGGAAGCGUUCAGUGAAGCUUCUGGAGAGAAGCUGCUGCGAUUACAACUCUGGCCUACGCUGUAGUGGCACUUUCUGGAGCCAGAGCAGGCGUCGGUCCUUCGCGUUCUGGGCUUCAGUCCUAUAUCGAUUUCGCUCGCUUUCUGGUGUGGUGCCUCCCCAUUGAUUAUGGUUAACGCUUGAAUAUGAUCUUGUCUCUCUGAUGUGAUCUCGACAUAAGAGCAUCUGAUCAAAAGAGUUCCGCCGAGGAAAGUCGGCGGAGAUGUGACCAUCAUUUGGAUAGAGGAAAGAGUUCCAAUAUCAUUCGGUUUGGAGAGGGAGUAAGAGAAAUAUAUAUUAACUAACAUAGCUUCACUAGCUUCUCUUUUUAGCUCGGUUGUGCCUUCAAGAUACUGUUCAUAAUAUCGGGUGAUGGCUAAGUUCAACUGCUUUUCCUUGUUCGUGGGGAGGAAGAAGAAGGUUGAUGAGGAAAAGACCCUCGAUAAGGAUGAUAAAGCAGUACAAGUGACUCUCGAACAUCCAGCAAAACCUAACAAGACUGAUGAGUUGAAAUUGACAACUUUCAGUAUGCCAGUUCCUUUCGGUGUCGACGAAAAUUCUCAAUACAAUGUUAAGAUUGUGAGUGAUGAGAGGCCGGUUGUGGUUGAUUCAGCUGAGGUAGCAUAUGAGGGGGAAGACGAGCAUGAAGAGCACGUCUCCAUUAAGAGGGACUUCUCUGAUUUUGAUCUCCAAUCGCAUGAAGCUAAUAUUUUGGUCGGAGAAGAAUCUCAUUCAAGUAAGGGAAAGAUGAAAUCUGGUGAUCUUUUUUACACCGAUGUGGAUACACCGGAGGUUAAAUCUGAAAUUUUUGCGGAAAGGGAUAAUGACAUGAUUCAAGGUGGACAUCUUAGUGAUCCGGGGAUGAGGAAGGCAGAGUUCUGGGAUUCACCGAAGCUUAAGCGCUCUUGUUCUGAUCUAGAAACGAGGGAGGUGAUGAGGACGCUAGCAGAUCAAAUGCCUCCAUCUAAAUCUCAGUCAUUCGAAGAGCUGAAGGAUUUGUCACGCAGCAUGAGGGAGGAUAUUAAUCCAGGGAGCCCAGCAUCAGUGAUGACACGUUUCAGUGCUGAUAAAGUAAUGUUAAAAAAGCAUUCGUCUAGCCAGGUUCUUCCUUCGAGAAGUAGGAGAUUGUGGUGGAAGUUGUUCCUCUGGAGCCACAGAAACAUGCAAAAGCCUCGGAAUACAAAAUCAAAGCCAAUUCCUGCUUUGGCUGCUAUCAACCAGCAAGGAGGUUACUCUUCUGACACUAUUGAGCCUAAUAGGGCAUUCAAGUUUGGCAAGAUGGAAUCACCUGGAUCAUUCACAGGUGAAUCCACAAAUCAAGUUGAAUAUGAUGAUAAGAAUGAGAAAAAGGCCUGGGAUGGUUUCAGAGGCUCUUCUGGCCUAUGGCCUCAGAACCAGUGGGUCGCCUUCCCAGCAGAAUCUUCAUCAUUCAAAAGAGUAGAUGAGUGGGUGAAUGAUCUAUGCACUGAGCCCUCCAUUGCAGUUGAUGAUGCUGAGAACAGUGAUGAGGCUGUCAUUUACCCACCUUCACCUGAGACCAUCAGAUCUCCAACAAGGAGCGCCAUGCAAUUGCAUAGGCGUCAGGAUAUUAAUCUCUCAGAAGAGAUGCUGCAUGCUAAUAGCGUCAUCCAGACUCUCAAUUCUUCCUCCACUGUGGCUCACAUAUUCGCAAUGGGGUUGAAAGUCAUUCCCACCAUGUCUCUUUUCUCUAGUCUCAAAUCCGUCAACUUAUCAGGCAAUUGCAUAGUUCGCAUUUCUCCGGGUUCGCUGCCAAAGGGGCUUCAUGUACUCAACUUAUCAAGAAACCAAAUCAAUGCCAUUGAAGGGCUUAGGGAACUUACCAGAUUGCAUAUACUUGACCUCAGCUACAACCGCAUCUCUCGAAUCGGACAUGGGCUCUCGAACUGUACGCUUAUCAAGGAGCUCUAUCUUGCCGGGAACAAGAUCAGCGAUGUCGAGGGUCUUCAUAGGCUGUUGAAGUUAACAGUCUUGGACCUCAGUUUCAACAAAAUAGCAACCACAAAAGCUCUCGGUCAGCUUGUGGCUAACUACAAUUCAUUGCAAGCUCUGAACCUCUUGGGAAAUCCAAUUCAUAGCAACAUCAGCAAUGAUCAACUCCGCAAGGCAGUUUGCAGUCUCCUUCCAAAGCUUGUCUAUCUCAACAAGCAGCCCAUUAAGCAACAGAGGGCGCGAGACGUACUCACUGAUAGCGUAGCAAAAGCUGCACUGGGCAGCAGUAGCCGGGGUCCAUAUAGAAAAGCAGCAAAGAGAUCGAGCCAAGGUGGGUCGCUCUCCUCCAGACUCAACAAGAGCAGCACCAGUGUUGGGCAUAAGAGCAAGAACAAGUCAAAGAGCCAUUCCCACCACCAUUCGGCUCGCAAAAAUGCAUCAUCUGCACUUGCUUCAACCGCACAUUGAUGGUUUGCCUUUCUGAGGUAGAUGACUUUUGUCUCCUGAAAUGAGCUUUCGAGGUCACCGUGUUCUCAAAAUGCUGCCUUGUAGUAGAUUACUUCGCCAGGAUGUCAAGUUUGGUUCAGGAAAAACUCGCUCUGGCUAGCCUUGCGCGUUUAGUUGGAAGUCCAAUCGUGUUUGUGAAUGUACCGGUUGUCUGUUUCAGCUCCUUUGGUCAUCGUUGGAGAUUGAUUUCUCUGUCUUUAUGUUUAUGGUGAUUGAUGUUUAUCCCGAGUACUUUCGAAUGUCAAAUGUAUCCUGUACUUCCUCGCGUGAGAAUAAUACUAGGCUCGGAAGAAUAUACAGCCGGUUAUGUUAAAGUUGUUUUUACAUAAUCAGCAUAACGAGUGUGCAGACGCCGUUGAACUUA